CGUCAGUAUGAAUGCCACUGACGAGAAGCUAGAUCGAAGCCGAAAAGGCUGCUGAGCAAGCACGACAAAAGCGAGAGGAAGAGCAACGUCGAGAGCGGGAGAUAAACACUGUCAGAACUCGGGAACGUGGCGAUCGAGGUGACCGUGGUGACCGAGGCGACCGUCGUGGUCGUGGUGGAAGAGGCGGUGAUACUUGGCGAGGAGGUCGUGGUGAUAGAGACUUUGAUCGUGGCAAUGGCAGAGGCUUUGAUCGGAGAGGCCCCCGAUACUCUAGGUCACCAAGGCGACGCGAUUCACGAGAUCGAGGCUCAUUCAGAGGGGCUCCAAGGGAAUCAGAUUCUUAUGUACCCAGUGGCCGCGCAGUACCGCGACGAAACAACCGUACCAGAGCUUCUACCUCCGAAUCUCGAUCGCCAUCUGCUGCAAGGUCAGACUCUCGUACCCCACCUCGUCGCCGUCAGCGUUCUCCCACGAGAUCACGCUCGCCGUCCCCUCGCCGGAGAUCUAGAACACCAGACAGGCGAGGAAACACCCAUCGUGGCCGUGGAGGGAGGGGAAGAGGAAGAAGCCCAAACCGUGCACCCCGUCGAAGAUCAUCCACUCCUACGUCACGCUCACGCUCACGCUCCCCAAGGCCAUCGAAACGAAGAGCUACUUCAGACUCUAUUAGUCCAUCGCCUCCACCCAGAUCUCGACGAACUCGUCGCAACACUAGUUCCAUGUCUCGGUCACCUUCUAGGUCACCUAGCCGGACACCUCGUAGAAGAGUGUCUCGCAGUCGAGAGAGGCUUGGGCCGACUCCAACUCCAGCUAUCGAGGAGGAUGCUACGGAUAUGCGUGCUAGGGGUCGUGAACGCCGGCUAACACGGAGCAACAGUCGAAGCAUCACCCCUCCCCGAAGGCGUCGCCGAAGUCCUUCUAGAAGUUCUAGCCGUGGUGAAAGGGAUCGAAAGCGCCGUCGUUCUAUUCAGCGUUAUGAGCCAGCCAGCAAGAGGCGACGAAACACUUCUUCUACCUCUUCACGUGAUGACAAAAGAGACAGGAGAGCUGAUUCUGGAGAUGAAAGUGACAGGGGAUAUUCACGCCAUGAAAUCGAAAGCAGCAAACGCUCUGGAAG